GCAGCGGACGUGCGAACGAAAGCAGCGUGAAAAGAAAACGUGCAAACGGCAGCGGCAAAACGGUAAACGAGACAAACGAUAAACGACUUGCGAUAAACGAUAAAUGUAAUAUCCAAUUUGAAUAAAUAUAUAUUACAUAUUGAAUACAAUAUUGACGCGUUGUGUGAUAUCAAUUGAAUUGAAUGACAAAUAGAAAAAAGUAAAUAAUGCAUCGUUAGCAUAGCAAAAAAAACAUCAAAUUUGGAGCAAACUGCAAAUUGAGAGUGCAAAAUGGUGAAGAUCGUUGACGAGCUCAAUGCGCAUCAUCCACACAAUCACACACCACACACACACACGCACACACACACACACCAUCCACAUCCACAUCCACUUCCGCAUCCGCACCUGAACACCGUCGGCGCUUUGAAUCUGAAUUUGAAUCUGACGCCGGCAACGUUGCUCAUGAAAAUGGCACGAACGCCGCAUCUCAAGUCGAGCUUCUCCAUCAAUGCCAUUCUACCCGAGACCGUGGAACAGGACGAACAGGAGCAGGAACAGCUGGAGACGCAACAGCAUGCGCAGCAGGCUCAAAAGUUCAAUAACAACAACAACAACAGUAGCAACAACAACAAUAACAACAACAACAAUUCGCCGCUUGGCUCAGAGCCGGAAAGCGAUGUGGAAUCGGAUCUCGAUGUGACUUCAAUGUCACCGGCGCCAGUCGCCGAUGUCGAUGUCGAUGAACCCGAUGAAGAUGAUGUCGAUGCCGAUCAGGAUGCCGAUGCCGAUGGCGAUGGCGAUGAAGAUGUGGAAUGUGAUAACGAUGGCGAUUCAGAGACCAAAUCAACGGAUGGCAAACCCAUCAAGGAUAAAAAGGGCAACGAAAAGCCACCGUACAGUUACAAUGCGCUCAUCAUGAUGGCCAUACGCCAGAGCCAGGAGAAGCGUCUGACCCUCAAUGGCAUCUACGAGUACAUAAUGACGAAUCAUCCGUAUUAUCGGGACAACAAACAGGGCUGGCAGAACUCCAUACGCCACAAUCUCAGCCUGAACAAGUGCUUUGUGAAGGUGCCCAGGCACUACGAUGAUCCCGGCAAGGGCAACUAUUGGAUGUUGGAUCCCUCCGCCGAGGAUGUCUUCAUUGGCGGUUCCACGGGCAAACUGCGACGUCGUACCACAGCAGCAAGUCGUUCCCGCUUGGCGGCCUUCAAGCGUUCGCUGAUUGGUCCCAUGUUCCCGGGUCUGGCGGCGUAUCCACAGUUCGGACAGUUCCUCACGUAUCCACAGGCGGCGCCCAGUUUGCUGGCCAGCAUGUAUCAACGCUACAAUCCCUUUGCCCCAAAGAGUCCGUUGCCCGGCAUGGUGCAUCCAGGACAUCCAGGUGGCCAUCCGGCCGCAGCGCCACCGGCUGCGCAUCCCGCCUCGUUCGUUAGUCCCGCCAGCAGCCAGGAGCUGUAUCAGCGUCUGCAGUAUCAGCAGUUGUUGCAUCAACAUGCCGCCGCCGCCGCUCUGGCGGCACAUCAAAGGCAGCUCAGCGCUGCGUUGCCCACGGCGCCGGCGCCACAGCCUCACAUGACACAUCUGGGACAGCCGCCGUCGUCACCAGGCAAUCAACAACAACAGCAGCAACAGCCGGGGAGUACUGGAAGUGGAGCUGAGUCGAGCUCCCGUUCGCCUGGACCGCUGAUGAAGCCCGUUACAGUUGUCAGCCGCAACAGCUGAACGGGCGGGGAGUUAGUCAAUAAGUAUUCACUGUACAUAGAACAGCCGCGACUGAGGCGCUAGACGCUUGUAUAUAUAAACUAUAUAGAGAGAGAGACAGAGAGGAGAGAGGCAGGCAGCUAAAGAGCUUCUACUUCGGCUAGCCGAAGAUCGAAUACUCAUGCAGAAGUUCACAAAGCAACAAAAGCAUCAAGAAAUGUCCUUUUUAAAUAACUAAUUUCAUUAAUCUAAACUAAAGUCUAAAAAUCAAAGCUAUCAAUUUUCUAAAAUUACAAGUAAAAUCUUUAAAAGAGUGAGCAACAAAAUUAGCUUCAAUCUUAUUCCUGUUGUCCUUUUUAAAUAAGUAACUUAAUAAAUCUAAACUAAAGUCUUAAAAUCAGAUCUAUAAAUUUUCUAAAAUUACAAUUAAAAUCCCUAAAAGAGUGACUAUGAUAAAUUAAUUUAUGGUUUGUCUGUUAAAUCUAAUCUAUAUUGAAUUUGAAAAAUUAUUCUUAUUGUGUACAAAUUUGCUAUAACUUCAAAAACAUAUUCAUAUGUAUUUUGAAUUAAACAAAAUUUAUCAUUAAAGAUCUUAAAGAUUUGUUUGCUAACCUUUUAAAUGUAUUCAAAUGUGAUUGCUUUUAAUUUUGUGAAGAUCCACAAAUUUCUAACAAAGGUACCAAUUAAAGUAUUAAAUAUUCCUUUAAAUUAAAUGUGAGUAUUUGCAAGAGUAUUUCUUUAGCUGGAAGUUCGCGACGUUGACGAUACUUAAGCGCAGCAGGCAAAUUGAAAUUAAGCACUAUUUAAUUUAUAUAUUAUUAUUAUUAUUACUAUUAUUAUAAUGCAGAUGAUGAUUGUAAUUAUUAAUGUGUACUUUAGAAGGCCGACAUAAAUCAAUUGAGAUUCUAUUGAAAUAAAAAUUGCAAACGAACACAAUUA